AUGGCUUCGCUGCCACUCGAGCUCGUGGAGCAAAUCUGCUCAUUACUUUGCUUCCAUUGUCAACACCCAGACACUUUCCCCGAUGCCGGAAGCGACGAUUAUCGACUCAGCAAAAGGGCACUAUCGCGACUUUGCCGCGUUUCCAGACGAUUUUGCGCCGUUGCUCAGCCGUUCCUUUUCCACGACUACGCCACAGGCGGAUUACUUCAAAGGCAUGAAAGCGGUAUUGUAGCACAAUCUGGCAAGCCCUCACAAUACGACGAAUACGACGACAAGCUGCCCGUCUUCCUGCGCAGCAUUAUACAGCGCCCGGAUCUGGCAUCGCACAUUAGAACGCUCCAGCUGGUAGAGAACGACGUGAUCAGUGGGUGCACGCCGGAAGUAGCUCCCCUCCUCAUCAAAGCGACCGAAGACGCUGGUGCGCUACGGCACGCUCCAAGUAGAGGCUAUCUCCAAACGAAGAUAUGGAGUGGGUUCUUCGGUCAGCCAGAGGCAUUGUUGCGAAUCCAGCGGCGGAAGAUUCACCAUUGGCUUGAGGAGUUGGCGAUUCUGCUAUCGUCAAAUGUCGCUAUGCUUCUCACAGCCCGGGACAGCUUUGUGGAUUAUGAGCAUAUCAGGGACAGUCGGGCUUCCUUCCCUGCAGUCCGAACGAUUGCUCUUAGGGGUGUCAAGAAGAACCAUCAUAUUUACGAAGCCUCUGCACUCUUCGCCGCGGCGCCGAGUCUCGAGAACCUAGAAUCAAUGCAGUGCAGUCUCUUCGACGGUCAGAGUCCUUGGACUCUUGUCAAGCCUUGGACACUGAAGUUGGGUAAUGUGCGGAGAUUAUCGCUGAGCGAGAUAGGGUUCGAGGAUCUCCAUCUGCUGGUGAAGUGCUGCCCGAAUUUGGAGGAGCUGGCAGUCACGGCAAUAGAAAUCUACCGCAACUCGGGAUUCGACUAUUGGGAUGUGUCAAAAUUGCUUCAGACUCUUGACCCGAUUCGCCAUAAUUUACGAAAAUUGCGCCUUUCUCACGAGUCUAGACGAUCGCGCAGGGAAGAUCCCCGGCCAAUCACUUCUGGUGGAAUAGUCUGGUCCUUUCGCGGCUUCGAAAAUCUAGAAGAGCUUGCAUUUGAUCAAGCGGCGAUCGACAUUAGUCCGCGAGCAGCUCCCGUGGAAGAUGGCAUGGGCUUGUACACCAAAUGGAGCUUAGCUGAACUCUUGCCAGCGUCGGUUCGACAGGUUGAGAUCUUGCAUGCCGAUCAAAACUGCAAGGAGAAGCUCAGGCAGCUUGCCGAAGAAUGUGCCUCCGCGUUACCCAGUCUGAAGGUUGUUCAGGUCAACUUUGACAAGUCCACGGACGAAAGCGACAUUGAUCCGGAGUGCAUAGACGUCAUGAACGUGUAUUUCUAA